AUGAUUUCUUUGGAGAACAUUAUACCUCACCGGAAGGCUGCAGAGCAAACCCUUCCUCAGCGUCUCGCGCGCUGCGGACCCCACAUCACCUUCCUCCGGUCAGUGACAUGCACCUUCCACAUCACAGGGGAAUCGUCCAGAUCGCUUAGAGACACAGUCGCGACCUGCUCCUCGUCCACCUCCGGCGGGUUGUGGAUGCUAUGGACCGUCCAGGGCCCUCGAUUUUCCGGUGUUGCCCGCUCCUCCGGGGGGUGGCAGCUCCCCGCUGCGGAUCUUCGCGUACGCCCGAUCGACCUGCCCGCGCUCCAUGUCCUCGUACCGCAGUGCCUGCACCACGUCCAUGAACUCACGGAACACCGCCUCGUCCCGGCGCGAGGAGAACACCUCGCGUCCCUGGUGCUGGAACUGCAGCAUCCCCGUCUCGUGGUACUCGUGGCCCCGGGGAAACUCGGUUUACAGCCGCACUUGGUCACCGCAGAUGAUGAUCCCGUACAGGCGCGCCGGCGAAAGCGGGUCGGCGCGCGCCAGCUUCAUCCAGACGUAGAUGAAGUUGCGGAUGCGGGGGUUCUCUAA